ACUUCAUUAUUGACAGUUUUUCAAUUUUAUUUCCAGAGCUCGUUUUGUGAAAAUGUAAAUACAAAAUUAUUGCAAUUUCAGUUAUGGCGGAUUCUGAGUUGCGAUUAGACGUACUUCAUGCAAUGGGUGAUGAAAAAGCCGAUCCUAAAGAGCAAAUCUAUCUUGAAGAAACAUUUUAUAUUCUCUCCAAGAUGAAAUCUGUGUUUCGGGUACGCCUAACGUCGAAAGGUUUAUCUUUAAUAAAAGAAACAGACGAUAGUUCUAAGGAACAAACAAUUUUACUACGCGAUAUAAUAGGUAGUAAAUGUAUGAGAAGUAAAAGACGUCGUGUCGGUGGUGGUUCUUGUGUGUGUACCUCUCUUGUUGGUAAUCAGCAACUAAAAGUUGUUGAUGAAAACAGCGGCGAUCUUGAUGAAAAUGAUAUAAGUGCGUAUCUAUAUAUUUAUGCUUACGUUUUAAAGCAAAGUCGCCGUUCUUUAAAGCGAGAACGCACAACAAUUACAUUGAGGUUCCGGUCGUACGACAAGUACGAAGAUAAUAACAAAGAAGCGCAGAAAUGGAGAAAUACUAUCAAAUGUUUGUUGAUGAAUGAGCCAGUUUCAAAUAUCCCUUCAAAUAUUGAAAAGAAAUUACUAGUACUGUUAAAUCCAAAGUCUGGGUCAGGUAAAGCAAGAGAAUUAUUUCAUACCAAGGUAGCUCCAAUUUUGCAAGAGGCUGAUGUUCCAUAUGAUCUCCAUAUAACCCAAUAUGCCAAAUAUGCUAAGGAAUUUGUUCGUAACCAAAAUGUUUAUAAUUGGAGGGGGAUAGUUGCUGUAGGUGGUGAUGGGGUUCUUUUCGAAGUUCUAAAUGGAAUGUUUCAGAGAUUAGAUUGGCAGCAAGUAUUUGCUGAAGUACCAUUAGCUGUAUUACCAUGUGGGUCUGGCAAUGGCUUAGCUAAGACUAUCUGUCAUCAUUUUAAUGAGCCAUUCAUUCAUCAAAACAUGACGGGGCUAUCUCUGGCAUUAGCAAGAGGAAAAUCAUCCCAAAUUGAUGUGGUCAGAGUUGAAACAAAAACGGAUAUAAUGUUCUCCUUGCUAUCGGUCGGUUGGGGAUUAAUUUCGGACAUCGAUAUAGAAAGCGAAAAACUUCGUUCAAUAGGAGGCCAAAGAUUUACAUUGUGGGCUCUCGCGAGAACCGUUGCACUUAGAAAAUACAAAGGUGUGCUUAGCUAUGCAUUGAUUAAAGAUAUCGGUAAUCUACCUAAACCCAAAGCAACUAUCUUCGGUCGAAGUAUAAGUCAAGAUGGCGCCCUGGAUUCCCCUGAAACUGAAGCGUUCUUCGACUGUGAUGAACAAACUGAAACGUUUAUGAGUACAGAGAAUGGAAAGAAACACCACAGGGUAGACUCUUGGUAUUCUGUACAUUCGAGGAAGACGUUUUACAGCGCUCGCGGUUCUGAUUACCAUAGUAUGACAAGCGCUGGAUCGGAAUUACGGUCGCCUGUCCAGGAACGAAUGUACGGGCCGGCUUCACACCUACCUUCACUAAUGUCAGAACUACCCACUCAUUGGGUGCAAGAAGAUGGCGAAUUCGUCAUGGUUCACGUUUCCUAUCAAUCUCAUAUAGGCGAAGACUUUUUAUUCGCGCCGCACUCCCGACUCGCCGAUGGAGUUAUGUGGAUGCUUAUAAUCAAGGCUGGCAUAACGAGAUCGCAAAUAUUUUCGUUUCUUUUGAAAGUGUCUCAGGGUAACAUAGCGGAUAUAAACAAUGAGUACAUAAAGAUGGUUCCAGUGAGUGCAUUUAGAAUAGUUCCCGAGGGUCAAACGGGUUACAUUACAGUAGACGGAGAACUGGUGGACUAUGGUCCCAUUCAAGCCGAAAUAUUUCCAAAUAUAGUAAAUAUCCUUGUACCCGAUACCAAAUAACCUCUAGUAGUAAUAGUAGAAAGUAAACUCGACUGAAACAGUCGCUGAGAAAACCGAGCCGACGCGAAACUGUUGUGCAAUAAGGCAUUUGUUUCAUAUAUACCUAAAAGGUUGUGCCAGAUGUUAUAUCAAAAUUAUGUCGAUGUUUUUCUAUGUUAUUUAAUUUUACGUUAAAUAACUUGUGAUAUUGAGAGUACAUUUCAUUUUUGUCUAUCUAACGACUAGUCAAAAAGUGGUGAAUAGUGCCAAAUUGUGCAGCACUUUAAAUUCGUAUUAGCAAUUAUCGUACAUAUAAAUGAACAGCUGAGGUACAAUUAUUGUUAAUUAUUGUGUACACGUUUCGUAAGUAGAGCAAACUUGUGCUAGAUUGAUAAUCAAUAAUUAUGUACAAAUCCUAGUUUCUAUA